UGAAACGUCAACUUGCCCCGCAUUUCGGUAUUCAUUUUUAUCGUAGUUAAGAUUUUAAUAUGUAAAUUUCAUAAUCCUUAAGAACAUUACAUCAAAUUCAAUUUAUACAAUUGUCUAAUUUUUUUUUUUUAUAUCAAACAAGUGUUCGUGAUUUGUUGACCAAUAAUAAAUAAAACAAAUUUUUUAGAAUAUACAGUGUAAUAAAAUAGACAAAAGCUUUAGUGAUUUUAAAAAUUUUAUUUCGUGAAUAGCUCGUUAUUAUAUAUAACAAAUUAAUAGAUUCGACCUAAAAAUAUGCGUUUUAAAUUAAUAACUAUAAUAAUAUUUACUAUAUUUCUUGUUUGUAACUCUAAAGUUUGCUGUACACUGAUCAAUGAUUCAUAUGAAUUUUACUUAAUGGAAGUUAUAAAACAUCUUUUAUCACAACCGGGGUGGAAUUCAAUUCAACAUUUGAGCUUAAUAAUUGAAGAUGACGAGAGAAUUGACGUUAACAAACUUUUAAACGAAAUGCAGAAUUAUGAGGUAGAAAAAAUGGGUAGAUACUCAGUUAUACUCAAUACUAUGUUUAAUUUCAUAUACUGCAGACAUACGGAGAUAAUGCUAACGUUUGAUCAUUUGCUUAAAAUUAUCAUAGCCAAGUGCAGUUCUGAUGUUCAGGAACACAAAACUGAGGAGUUCAUUUUUUGUGCAAAACAACUCCACCAAACGGUUAUAGAAUCAUUGGAAAUGUUCACAAAAUUAUGGGAAGUUACUUCAUUUUUAGAUUCCAUAGCUUUAAAUUCUCUAGAACCUAGUCUAAUAAAAAUGGUAGCAAAUGAAGGCGAAAUCGCCACAAUAAUAAAAUACGUACAAUUCAAAAAUGAACAGCCGCGUCCGGUAUUUAUUGAUCUCAACAAUAAGAUUAGUACCGAUGUCGCUCUUGAUGAGUAUAAAGAUAUAAAACGGUUUCAUGAUAAUACUCUUACACUAAAACUAAAAGAUUUAAUGACGAGAAAUUCUUCAUUAUGUUUUAGUAAUAAUGACUUUGUGAGCAGUAUUUUAGAAUCUUUGUUCAAAAUAAAUAUGACUAAGAGUCCUACGACUAAUAUAAAUGGCGAUAUCCAAAAUAUCCAAGAAUAUCGAUCUGUAUUUUACCAACAAAUUAUAAAAAAUGAUUAUUAUAAUUUUGGUUUUGAAAAAUUGAUUAACCCACAGCAUAAUAAAGAACAAAUUAUCCCUUCUCCGGAAUCUAGUUAUAUGUUCGGUGGAGUUGUUUUAUUAUUGACAAAACUUCUUAGUCAUGCCGGUUGGAGAGAAUGGAAUCAUAUUCAAAUAAAAAACUUAGAUGUUUCAAAUAUUAACACCAGAAGACCUUUUUUAAUUGGCUACGAUAAUGGCGUAAAAACACAGUCAUUUGUAUAUUUACUAAUUAAAUGUAGAUAUGGAGAAAUUCUCAAAAACUUUAAAGUGAUUGUGACUACCAUUAUUAAUGUAACAAAAAAUAAAAUUAUUAAAAAUAAUUAUUCUUUUAUCGACGAUGUGAUCUCUAUUCGUGAUGCAGUAAAAAAUUCUGGACAAAUGUUAAGUCUUAUGCUAUUUGCUUUGAAUAUUAUAAGAAAUACAUUACCACAUCAAUAUAAACGCGAAAAAAAAUUACAAUUAGAAAUACUUAUAGAGAAAAUAAAAAUAUUCAUCAAUGCGUUUGAAAUGUACAAUUAUUCGGCAAGUGAUUUCAAUAUGGAAGUAGCUCACCAAUAUUUAGAAAAAUUAUUUAUAUUUUUUAGAGCCGAUGUUGAUAAAUUAAUUUAUGAUAUAUUGAAUAAAAAUUACAGAUUUGGCUGUGUUAUAAACAAAAAAUAUCUAACAACUUACAAUUUAUUAGAAAAUUUCAAUUAUUCUUUGGAUUUAAAUUCUAGUAAUUAUAAUUCAGCGGAAAACAUUGUUCUUCAGUUGUGCCAAUAUUUAAACACAUUUUGUAAUAACGUAAUACAAAAAGAUUUUAUAGAUCUAGGUUUUAAUAAAUUUUUAUUGCAUCCACAACAAUAUCUAAUUGUUAACACAAUAUUUUAACUUUGUUGUUUUGUAUAGCUAUAAUAAAAUAAUAUUAUUUCUUUGAAUAAGUAUAGUGAGUACUAAAAUUUGAUAAUUUAAUAUGCUAAUAGAAUUUUAGCAUUACUGCCAUAUUAUGAAUAUUACAUUGAAAUAAAUUUUUCAUUAGAUUAAAAAAAAUUUACUGUGUAACUUUGUAAUUAAAGCAAAAUAUUUUUCGAUAGUACAGUUUCGUUUGUUAAUUUAAAGACAAACAUAAUAAUAAUAAAAUCCAAACCAGCUCAGUGGGAUCGCGGCACAAACGGGAAGCAGCAAAGUCGGGACAAGUAUUGAUGAUAUCUGACAGUGACUCUCAUCACUGUCAUAAAAAACGUUUCGACGGGAAUCUGUUAAAUUUCAUAAUUUCAUAGUUUAUAUAUUUUUAAUUUUAUUAUUUCUACAAUUUUAAAUUUCAUUCGAAUAUUAGAUGCAUUGUUGAAAAAAUGUUAUGUUUCUGAUUUGAUGGAUGAUUUCAUAUAGUAAAUCAAUUUUCGGGACAAAAUUUGUUUUUUAAUAUUGUAGUUCACUUUAAAAUCUUUAAUUUGACGUAAGUUAGAUGUUUUCAGACUUGCUGUAACAUUUUCAAAAAUCAUAUCAAAUGAAAUCUGAAUGUCGCUAUUGUACUUUAUUAAAUAUCAUUUGAAUCGGUGUUUUAAAAAAAAAGUUAUACCAAAUUUAAAAUUAAAAAAAAUACUAAAUUCAA